ACAUUGCCAUCAGAGCUUUUGCUCCGCUUUUAUUUAAAAUGUUAGUGCGAGCCGGUCGUCGCUAAGUUAAGCACGUGUAUCGCAGUCGGCUGGUAUUCGGCUUCGUUCGUGCAGUGCCAUCGACAUCCAGUGAAAAUGCCUUUUGUUUGUGGCUUUUAUAAUCUCUGAUAAUAAUGUGGUUGUUUGUUGGAGUUGAAUCGCUAUCGCCUUUUGCAAAAUAACGUACAUAUAUUCGUUCUUGGACAGAGUGGGCUUAGAACGGUUUCAGUUCUUAGUGUUUUUGAGCAUCUGUAAAGAUCUGCUAUAAGUUGACACUUAUUCUGCAAGACGGGUUCGUACGUUACACAACCGUUACUGCUGCGAUGCAGCUUCCAGAAGGUCGAAACGUCGGACUUGGGAUACCCUAUGCUCUUUCAACUGCUGUUUGCGAUCACGCGCCUGGGCAGAUCCCCUAGAAAAAAAGUGUACUUCGGUUCACCGUAACUGUCAAUGUAAAUAUUUGUGAUUAAGUGAAUAGAAAUACUUUAAAUUUUUGUGUGUUAUAUACUAUAGACGUUGGUUUUGUUUAAAGCAGUGUAUAAAGAAGUCUGUGAUAAUGAAUAGUGCGAGAAAAAACAAUUUGAAGAAGUUCUCCUUCAUUGGACUUCCGAACUCAUUUAAGAAUGAUGGAGGUCGUAGAAAUAGCGAAGACGCUCAACUCGAUGAAGAAUGUGAAAAAGUGUUUGCCAUGGAUAAUGAUUCCAUCGGCUUUGAUUUCCACGAUCCUCCUUUUGCUGGACAACCUAAAUUUGGUGAAAAAGAUUACAGUGAGCAUCGACAGGACUACCGACAUAUGUAUUCGCCCCUCAAACUCAGCUCAAAGUCGAUGAAACGCCGCAUUUCCCAGCCAACGACUCCGGCCGUAUCCGACCUAGGAACCCCUAGGGGCUCUAUUACCGAAUCACCCACUUUGGAAUUUAAACAACCCAAUACGGCCAAUAAUACAGAGCCUAAGCAAGUUGGUUGGGUUGCACCAUAUCAGAAGGGUGAUCUGGAUACACCAAAAAGUUCCAUUACAGAUUCACCAACAGCCCCGAUAGCCGAGCCUGAAAAGUUUGGUAAUGGUAAUUUACUACAGGAAGGAUCGGACUCAGAGUCAGAACGCGUAUUAUCCGAUCCAUGCAGCUACCUCAGCCCAGAAAACGAUGAGGAGGAAGAAUUACCCGAGAAGAAAGUAUCGUUUCUGCACACCGAAAACGAUGACUUUGACGUGGACGGGCUCAAAGAAAAAAAGAAACGCCGGCCUUACCAUCAUAUCCACCACCAUGGCCAUCGAUCCAAGUUCCGGAAAUACUCCUUGCCAACAGACACGAAACAUCUUCACCACAAAGGCCAUUCAGAUUCUUUGUUCAACAAACCGUUAAGAGUAUCUACUCAACCAGAGGAUCAAGAUUUACCACCGAAUGAUAAGGAUCAAUUAGACAGUCACAGAUCUGAUGAUCCUCGAGCUCUUAGAAGACCCAAAGCCGACAGAGGUACCCUUAUGCAUGUUGGAAAGGGAUCUGAACUACACUCAUGCUUUAAAAAACUAUACGAUCAUAGUCCACAUGCGAUAUUCGUCGAGCUAGCCGAAUAUUCCCAAGGAGAAUGCGCCGACGAAAGAGAAUGGAAGCAAACAGCUCGUUGGAUCAAGUAUGAAGAGGAUGUAGAGGAAGGUGUCGACAGAUGGGGAAAGCCCCAUGUAGCCUCUCUAAGUUUUCACUCAUUGCUCAAUUUAAGAAGGUGUUUGGAAGAUGGUUUAGUUCGCCUGGAUAUGGAAGAAAGAGAUUUGCCGGGGAUUGCCUACAGAAUAUCAGAAGAUUUAUACAAAGAAGAUUUGAUAAAAGAAGAGGAUAAAGCAAGAAUUAUGAGAACCAUUCUACUCCGUCACAGGCACGUCAACGAACAUCAAAGUUCAGGGUUUAGGUUCGCCAAGAAACACAGUUACACCUCGUUACAAUCUCUAUGGCUGGAAGAUGGCGUCAAUUAUGACGCUGCCUCGAUGAUGUCCCGUUGCUCCAUUUGCUCGCAACAGGGGCACAUUCGGCAUCCGCCACCGCUUCAUAGAGGCUCUUCGUUUCCACACGUAAUAUCACGUGACUUAAUCAAUCUAUCCGAGGCGGAAAAGCGAAAAGUGAGUUUCUCCAUAGACGGCUCGAUAAAAAACGGGGAUCCAUCCCAUGAUGCUUUAUUGAAGUCUAACGAUAAGCAGCAGACCGUUAUAGAUAUGAAAGACGAUGCCUAUCCAUUUAACACUAGCAAUGAGGAUAUCAGGAAAGCUCAUAAUGACGCUAUAUUUAAGAAGAUUCCUAUCGGCGCUCAAGGUUCCACUGUUCUUGUUGGUGAGGUGGAUUUUCUGGAACAACCUGCGAUUGCGUUUAUCCGGUUGGCAGAGGGAGUUGUUAUUCCUUCGUUGAUUGAAGUUGACAUUCCAGUUAGAUUCGUAUUUCUCCUACUGGGUCCCAAACUGCCAAACAUCGAUUACCACGAAGUCGGUCGAUCGAUAUCGACCUUAAUGGCCAAUCAGCAGUUCCACAAUAUAGCUUACAAAGCGGAAAAUAGAAAAGAAUUAUUAUCAGCAAUAAACGAAUUCCUAGACGACAGUAUUGUGUUGCCUCCCGGCGAUUGGGAGCGACAGGCUUUGCUGCCUAUCGAAGAGAUCAAGGCCAAAAGCGAAGCGAUCAAGAGACGGAAGGAAAACGCGUUGAGGAAGGCUCAAGAAGCUCAAGGGAUUAUCGUGAAGCCUUUGUUGUCUCAAGAUGACGAAAAAAAGCCCCCAUUCGACGACUCCCUGGUGCGCACCUGCCGUCCGUGGGGAGGCCUAAUCAGAGACGUAAAGCGUCGUUACCCGUACUACAAAAGCGACAUAGUCGACGGUCUAAACUCUCAAUGCGUGGCAGCCGCCAUCUUCAUGUACUUCGCCGCCGUAUCAGGUGCUAUAGCGUUCGGCGGGCUCACGGGGGACAAAACGGAAAACCUUAUCGGCAUAUCAGAAACCCUUUUGUGCACCAGCAUCGGGGGGAUCAUUUUCGCUCUCACCUCAGCCCAGCCUAUCCUUAUAGUCGGCACAACAGGAGCUCUCUUACUCUUCGACGAAAGUUUGUUCGAAUUUUGUAAAUCCAUGCACAUUCCAUUCUUACCGACUAGAGUAUUCAUCGGACUUUGGCUGGGUGUCAUCGGCGUGCUGAUAGCAUCGUUCGAAGGCAGCGUCUUGGUCAAAUUAUUCACUAGAUUUACAGAAGACAUUUUCUCAACGCUCAUAGUAUUACUAUAUAUAAUGGAAAGUAUGAUGAACCUAUUCGCCGCGUACAGUAAACAUCCCUUGUUACCUGAUUAUUGUAUUAACAUGGUGACUUUUCCAGUGGGGCAAAACGAUACGGUAGUCGGUGAUAAUAGUACUGAUCUCAGUGUGGACGUGGUUAAAAUUCCAACGAAAGAUGUCCACGGGAACCCCAUAAAUCAACCCAAUACGGCCUUGUUUUGUACUGUACUGACGAUAGGAACUUUCGCAAUAGCUUAUUACUUGAGGAUGUUUAGAAACAGUCAAUUCUUAGGACGAAGCGCUAGAAGAGCUCUGGGCGACUUCGGUGUACCAAUAGCAAUAAUCAUAAUGGUCAGCGUAGACUACGUAAUCCCUGCAACGUAUACGGAGAAACUCAAUGUACCUUUAGGUGGGCUGAAGCCUUCAAGUGCUGAUGUGAGAGGAUGGUUUAUACCUCCAAGCGGUAUUCCUGUGUGGAUAAUGUUCGCGUCUAUAGUUCCUGCUAUGUUGGUUUACAUUUUGCUUUUUAUGGAAACACAAAUUUCUGAAUUGAUCAUUAGCAAGCCUGAGAGAAAAUUGAAGAAAGGUACCGGCCUACACUUGGACAUCGUCAUCAUCUGUCUUAUCAAUAUCCUCUGCGGCUUCUUAGGCUUUCCCUGGAUGUGCGUAGCAGCUGUCAGAUCGAUCGUCCAUACUUCAGCUUUGACAGUCAUGUCUAGAACGCAUGCUCCUGGAGAAAAGCCACACUUGAUAGAAGUAAAGGAGCAGAGAAUGUCUGCGUUGUUUGUUGCACUGUUCAUAGGCUUGUCUGUUUUUAUGUCGUCUCUCUUGCAACUGGUACCAAUGGCUGUGGUUUUGGGUAUUUUUUUGUAUAUGGGCGUGGCUUCUAUCGAUGGUAUUCAGUUCUUCGACAGGACGAAGCUGCUUUUCAUGCCGGUGAAGCAUCAUCCGCAAGCUAGUUACGUCAGGAAGGUGAGAACUAUGAAGAUGCAUCUGUUCACGCUUAUCCAACUAGCGUGUUUGAUAGUUUUAUGGAUCGUCAAGUCUACAAGAGCCUCGUUAGGUUUUCCAUUCUUCUUGGUUCUGUUGGUGCCAUUAAGAGCGCAACUUCCUCGGUUAUUUUCACAGAAAGAGCUACGAGCGCUCGACGGCGACCAAGCAGAAGGAGACGAUGAAGAACCUGAUUUCUAUGCAGAGGCACCGCUUCCUGGAUAAACCAACACCAAUAAUGAUAAAUCAAAUGUCGAGGUCAAAAAACUAUUGUAAUUUAAUACUUACUAUAUGAGUACUUACUUUUUCUUGAUAGUGGAUCUAAUGUCAAAAGGUAACUUAUUUAUACUUAUAAGCUAUAAAAUUGUAAUAUGCAUCCUUGCAUAGCGUAAUAAUAUUUUUAUGAGUUUUAUUCAAGGUGGAGUAGCAACACAAAACACUAAUUUGUCUGAUAGAAAAAUUAUUGUCAUAUACAGUUAAAAUAAAACAAUAAAAGAGUGGUUUCUGAAGAGAUUAUACAUGAAUGAUAUUUAAAUUUUUUAAUAGAACUAAUAAUUUUUAUUGUUUGAGAUUUCUUAUGGUCGAUUAUUUAUCUUCAUUAAGUAUACAGUGUGUUCACGGAUAGGGUGCCCAUGAGGAAAAACUUUCUUAUUUUCAAUUUUAGCGAAAAAUAUCAUUCUUGAUAAAAAGUUUUGCUUGUUCUAAAACCCCAUAAAACGAAAUAAAAUUCAAGUUUUUCAAAACCUACUUAAUUUUGUAGCCAAUUUUACGUAAAUUCGUAUAAAUUUUUGCACUAAGUUCGAAAUCGUAAUAAUCUAGUGGUGUUAAGGUACAAUGUAGCUUAGUAACUGUCAACUCCGAUAAAUAAUUUACGAAUUGUCAUUUUUUUCUUCAUAAAUUUUAAAUUUUUGUUUAAAAUAAUGACAGAUAAAUUCUUUGUUGAACGCUUAACAUUACCGAAACAAAUGACAAUUGACAAAUUAUUUAUCGGAGUUGACAGUUACUAUUAUGAAGCUACAUUGUAGCUUAGCAACACUAGAUAUUUUUACGAUUUCGAAUUUAGUGCAAAAAUUUAUAGGGAUAAAGUACAUAAAAUUGGCUACAAAAUUAAGCAGGUUUUGAAAAUCCUAAAUUUUAUUUCGCUUUAUGAGGUUUCAAGACAAGCAAAACUUUUCAUCAAGAAUGAUGUUUUUCGCUAAAAUUAAAAAUAAAAAAGUUUUUCCUCUUGGGCACCCCAUCCGUGGACACACUGUAUAAUUUACUACUUUAACAGUGCAAUAUAACUGUAAGUAUCUACUCGUAUGAAACUUGACAAUAAAAAAAUACAUACAUAUGUAAAUAGUUUUAGUAAGAAUAUUGUAAGUGUAUAGUUUGAACCGUUAUUUAGAUUAAUUUUUUAUUUAUAUUCAAAAUUUUCUUUUUCCUGUUUUCUCUUUCUUAUCCGGUACUUCUAAGGGCCCUCACAACUAUAGAUAUAAUAAAACAAAGGAGAAAAUAUGCAUUUUUGAUAUAUUUGUAGAGGAGAUUAUAAACAAUUCGAUUCAUAAAAACAGGAAUCUAAAACCAAUGCGAGGAAAUAGAAGAUCUGAGUAGAUUCCGUGCUAGCAGAUCUUCUAUUUCCGUGCAGAAAUUUAUCGACUCAUUAUUUAUCGUUGACUUAGAGAAGGCCUAUAAUACAGUACCCUUAAAAAUAUUGUUUGAAAUGUUGACGAAGGGAAGUCUAAGUAAUAUACCAACGCUAUAGCGAACAUGUACACAAAUGCAAUAAAUACCAUUAAAAUGAAGAAUAAAAUUUCAUACGCAUUUCCUGUCAUAAAAGGCUUGAGGCAAGGGUGUUAUUUAUCUCCAAAAUUAUUCAAAAUCUAUAUUCAGGAAGCAUUAAACAAUUGGAGGAGGAAAUGCAGGGAUGGGAAUAAAAAUUGGGAACAAGUACACAAUAAAUCUUUUCUUCGCAGACGAUCAAGUGAUUAUGUCAAACAAACGAUGAGGAAGAUAUAGUGUGCAGAACGCUUCACCAGUUGUUAAAUGGACCUGGUGAAUAUUUCUUGUCCUUCACACAAGACGAGAACCAGCUUCUGUAGUGGUUGAUAAUGUAGACUCUGAUAAUCUUUGUCGAGUCGAAGCAAGGUGUAAAUCGGUGUUGAUAUGAUUAAUAAACGUGUGGGGUAAUUAUUUUAUUAUUUAACACAAUCACUAUAGUGAUGGUGUUAAAUAUGAUGUGAUAACUAUAUGGCUAUAUGCCUAUCAUCAGUGGCAUAUAAAGUCUACACCGGGAUAAUAGAAAGGAAGCUCAGGAAAGAACUGGAAGGAAAACUAGAAGAAGAACAAGCGGCUUUUAGGAAGGAAAGAGGAACAACAGAUAAUAUAUACAUACUGAGAAAUAUAAUUGAAAGGAAAAACGAAAUAGGAGAAGACUUAUAUAUUACGUUUAUAGAUAUUAAAGCUGCUUUUGAUUCUAUAAAUAGAGAAGUAAUAUGGUCAGUAAUGGAAUAUCUGCAAAUCCCGCAAAAGAUAAUAAGCGUGGUAAAAAGUACAUAUAGAAACGUACUUGCUAAAGUACAAAUAAACGGAAACAAAUCGCCAAUAAUAAACCAGAGGAGAGGAAUAAAACAAGGGGACAGUCUCAGCCCAGUUUUGUUUAUAUUAGUAAUGGAUAGAGUAAUGAAGAGCGCUAAAAGAAGGUCAAGGCAAUUACAGUCAACAAUAGGGUACAUCAAUUUAGUACCAGUGAGAAUGGAGGGAUUACUAUAUGUAGAUGAUUUAGUAAUAAUAGCAGACAAUAAAGAGAAAAUGCAAAAAUUAAUCGAUAUCUGGGUGGAGGAAAUAAAAAAUUUGAAAAUGGAGGUAAUUGUAAAGAAAACGAAGAGCAUGAUAGUAACCUAAAAGAAAAGGGAAGAAAUAAACCAAACGAUAUUUAGGUGCAAAAACGAAAUAAUAGAAACAGUCUCGACGUUUGAAUACCUUGGAGUAAUAAUAUCAGAGAAUGGAAAGAUAGAUCAAGAAAUCUCAUACGUAGCGAAAAAAGCAAAUAAGAUCUACUAUGCACUAAAUAAAACAAUAUUUGGAAAGAAAGAAAUAGAUAAAGAAAUAAAACUGAAGGUAUACAACGCAAUCUCUGUACCAACUUUAAUAAUAUGCAAGUGAGACAUGGGUAAACAAUGCAAAAAUAGACAGUACAAUAAACGCAGCGGAGAUGAAGCAGCUAAGAAAAAUAGCAGGAAAAACGAAAUUGGACAGAAUAAGAAAUGAAUAUAUUAGACAAAGACUGAAACAGGAAUCGAUAAUAACCAAGAUACAAAAAAGAAAAUUAAAAUGGUAUGGACACAUUAACAGAAUGGACCAGGGAAGACUACCAAAGCAGGUGAUGGCAUCAAAAAGAUCUGGUAAAAGAAGGAAAGGGAGGCCAAGGAAGAGAUGGAUCGAUCAGAUUAUAGACAUUGGACAGGAAAAAGGGAAAACACAUCAACAAAUGAAAGAGUUAGCAAAGGACCGCAAGAAAUGGAAGAUAUGGAUAGAGGAUGAAUAAAACCUCCGACGCCCCUGAGGGGCAUAAGGAGUUUCGAGAAAGAAGAAGAACACAAUCAUUAUUUACAAUCACUGUACAAUAUAAUUAUUACUGGGUUUACUACAAAACAAUACAUACCAUUGCUGUAGAAUUGAGAGUAAAGUGAACCGCGAUUAUGCGAGUCAAGCGUGAGAGUAAUGAAGAGUGAGAUAAAUAAUUCGCAUGAAUAUCCGUGUAAUGGUAAUAAGAAAAUGCGAGCCGCGAGAAUACGUUCUGAGUUGAGCUAAAAACGCGACCGAUUAGCUCGGAGGUUGGCUAAUAACUCACUGAGAAACUAAAACCGACUAAAAGUAUAAGAAUUCUUCUUUCUUUCGACUUUUGCAACAAAAAGGGAAAUCAAUUUAUCAAACUCAUAUGCGUAUCUAAUUUAAGUUUUAGAGUAAACAAAAACUCCUAAUGCGGUUCGGUACCACAAAAGGUCUUUAUUAAUUUUGGGAAACAUAAAUGCAACAGCGAAACAGCUUGAUUUUCCAAUUCCAACUAUAACGGUCCACACACAUGGUGAAGUUAGGAUAUAAAACUGUUUUGAAUUGGGCUUAAACUGUGAAAAAUAAGAUAUAUCUUUAGAAUCGAAUGUUUUUAUAGCGCAACACUUCUUGUAUCAAAGACUCAAAAAGGGGGCCAACGGAAAUGAGAUAUUUUCUCGGAUUUAGUUAGUUGGAAUCUACAAAAUGGGAAGAUGUGUUCAUUUUGAAAUAGUCAAAGAUGCGAUAAAUUGUAUGUUGAGAUUGUAUAAGCAGAUAUUAUAGUAAUAGAUACGUUAGAGAGUUUUCUAACAUAUAUGGAUAACCGAAGAAUACGAAAAUUGAUGACUCACUAUCUUCUAUCUUAGAGUCAAGGACAAAGAAAGAGACUCACAACUCUCGAUAACAGAUAUAAAAUAAUGCAAAGAAUUUAAAUUUAAAUAUCUAGCGACAGUGAUAGCGAAGGAAGGAAUAUCGAAACGGAACAUUCAGCAGAAAAUACAGUAGGGCAAAAAUGUGGUACAAACACUAAAAUCAUUAUUUUGGUCUCCUAAAAGUAGUUUACUAACAAAAGUGAGAAUCUACAAGUCGGUUGUAGAACCAAUUUUAACCUACGGAUCUAAAUGUUAGCCAAUGACAAUGAAAGAGAAGAAAAAACUGGAAGUCGUAAAAUGGACUAAUUAUUAAGAAGUGCGUAUCAGAUAUCCAGAUUUGAUCACAUCCCAAAUGAAGAAAUAAGAAGAACAGGAAGGAUUUACAAUGCAGUAGAUAAAAUAGAACCCAAACAACUCUUGUAGUACGAGCAAGUAGUGACAUGUAACUUAAACUAUGUUCCAAGGAAUAGAAGAAGGUGAGGAAGACCAUCAGUAGAAUGGAGAAAAGAAUUCAAAGGAAUAAUGAGAGAUAUAUCCAUACAUGUGGAGAGAUGGAGAUCGAAAUGCGAAAAGAAUAUUUUUUUUGUAAAAGAGGAAGCGGUAUUCCAUAGCGAAGUAAGCCUGAACUAAAGGAUACCGAUUUUCACAAGAUACCGAAUAUCCAAAAACGGUGGCAAAUCAUGUAUAGUAAGCUCACAAUAAAACACUGAAAACUUUUGUUUUCUAUUCUUCCACAACAUUUAUUAUUUACAACUAUGUGACUACAGCUGUUUCGGCAGAGUGCCUUUCUCAAGUGAUAUAAUUUACAAUGUGUUUGCCUUUUUAAGUGUCUAACUGAAGAGGUUGAGGAGUGGAGAGCUGUUUGUCUCGAGUUGGUCAUUCAGAAUUAUAUCUGUAUUUUUCAGUUUAUUAAUUUCCAUAGAUUCUAAAAAAGAUAGCUUAAGGCCUUUAUUUUGGAUAUGCAGAAUUUGAAACUCUUCAUUGAAAGAAUGAUUAUGAUCUAGAAGGUGAAGUGCGUAUGUAGAAGUGUUUGUUUUUCUACUGUUGAACAAAAGAAAACAAAAGUUUUCAGUGUUUUAUUGUGAGAUAAAAUGAACUUCCAUCAAGUAACGGUCGAAUCCAUCAAUGUAUAGUAAAUAAAAAAUAUCUUUAAUAAAAACUGUAAAGUUUCCUUUAUUUGUAUCGAAAUAAUAUAUUAUGCAACGAGCAUUUAAUGAUGGUCAUUAUGAAGCGAGUAUGAGGGAUACGUUUCGUAUAGAGUACGAGCUUCAUAAUGAUAAUUAAAUGCAAGUUGUAUACACUAUUUUUUCUAUGAUCAUUCACAACAACAAAAUAUAUUCAAAUUUAUUAAUAGGGCUUUUCAUCGAUUGUCAUUUGUUUCGAGCUUCUGUCAUGUGUCACAUAAUAUUAAUAUAUCUACGUCAUACGUCUUUGGUUUGUAUCAUUGGUACAUACCAAUAACGUACGACGUAGAUAAAUUAAUAUUAUGUGACACGUGACAGAAGCUCGAAACAAAUGACUGUGAAUGAAAAGCCCUAUUUUGUAACGCAAACAAAUUAAGUAGUUUGUCAGUUUGACAGUUUGUUUACAUAUUGAGAAAUGUCAAAGCGUAUGUAUUUGACUCGCCAUUUGUCACUGCGCGUGUGCCACCUUCAUCGCGAAUGCCAUAUCGCGAUUCUAUUGGUUAAAAAUAAGUAUGUUAAUGAAAAUCUGUAUCAUAAUGAAGUUUAUUAUGAUACAGGUAGUGACAUCAUAAUUGAUAUAUUAUAGUAUGAGAAUAGAAAAACAAAUAUAAAAAGACUUUAGUUUAUUGUUUAUUUUUGGGACAAUCUGUAUAUGACAAAGAUAAUUUUAAAAUGUACAUCUGAUAGGCUACACUCGAAAAUAAUAUUGGUAUAAUUCAUAUUGAUGGAACAAACUGUAUAAGACAAAAAUCAUUUUAAAAUGUACCUCUAAUAGACUACACCCCAGAAAUGAAAUUAGUUGAAAAUUGCCUCAUAAUGUUGGCAUAAUCUUCCGAUUAUCCCCUGACUACGAACAUGAACUAUACAAUGCACUGGAAUGAGUGUUACCCCCUUCCCCCUUAUUAACGUAUUUAUUUUUAGCACAAAAGCAAAACGCUCGGGUCGAUUUUUAAAAUGAUCAUAGUAUAUUAUACCAUCAAUGUUUUGCACUUUACACGAUCCCUCUUCAGGUGACAGUAAUAUAUCUUUGAUUUUUUAAAUGGAAUAAAUAGUACACCAUGUAACACCUCAUUUAAAAACUUUUGAAACACUAAUUGCAAAAAUGUAUAAUACUUUAAUACUUUUUAAGAGCGUAGGCGCAAAAUUUCAGUUCAAUGCUUUUUAAAUGCAUUUAUUUUUUUCGAAUCCUGAGAAAACUAAUAAGUAUUUUUGAAAAAUUUAAACGCAAAACGGAAGAUUACAUUAAUACCGAGGGCCCAAAGUGAGAAAAUCGAGUAUGAUUUUUAAUUUCAAAUAUAUCAUUUAAAAGAAUAUUUUUGUUUAUUUCAUUUAAAAAGCAUUGGACUGAAAUUUUGCGCCUACGCUCUUAAAAAGUAUUAAGGUAUUAUACAUUUUUGUAAUCAGUAUUUCAAGAGCUUCAAAAUGAGGUGUCACAUGAUGUACUUUCCCAUUAAAAAUAAAUCACAGUUAUGACUGUCACCUGACGAGGGUUCGCGUAAAAUUCGAAACAUUGAUGCUAUAAUAUACUAUGAUUAUUUAAAAAAAUCGACCUGUCCGAGCGUUUUGCUUAUGUGCUAAAAAUUAAUAAGUUAAUAGAAGGGGGGGUAACACUUAUUUCAACGCACUGUAUAUAGGUAUAUAUGUUAUGGUAAAAGUAGAUAAUCUAGUAAUUGUACACAAUUACCGGUAAUUGUAUACAAUUAUCAGAGUCGACGGUAAAUGUAGGAAAUAUUCUUUAAAAACCCUUCCCAGAGGAUCUUGGUAAAAGUAAGAAAUUCAAAUUAUAACGAUUGACACGCAAGCGGAUUGCCGCAAUACAUAACUGUAGAAAUCAUAAAGAUCUAUUUGGAUCCAUGUGAAACUUGCCAGAAAAAAUCUAAAGUUCCCAAAAAAGGUUUAGAUGUGAAAACUUAUACUGUCAAAAAGAAAUGUAAGAAAUGAAUAGUAGAUGUCAAAUAGAUUUUAUAGAUAUCUAUGAUCUAUGCAAGCACAAGCAGAUAAUUAAUUCAAGUUCAUUUUUGUCUACAAAGAUCACUUAACAAAAUUUGUACAACUACGGCCGUUGAAAACUAAACAUGCAGAAGAAGUUGCGUUAGUUCUUCUUGACAUAUUUUGUGCCUUUACCUAAUUAUAGAAGAACUGUGCUCCAUGUGAAAAGAUUUAAAGAUAGUGCACGGUAAACCAAGACACAGUCAGUCACAAGGAUCUGUUGCGAAUAAAGAUAUUGAAAA